AUGUUAACAUUAUCUUCACGUACAUUACCACGCUUACCUGUUCAAUAUACAACAUCACACAUUAAUCAUCAAACAGAUAUAAUACAACCAAUCACUCAUGAAAAUGCAUUUGAUCCAGAUUCAGCAAUACGAAUAAUACCAGACGUGGACGUGGAAGUAGACUUUGAUCGAUGUGAUAUUAGUUACACAACAAUAGGAACAACUUCAUUAUCAUCAUGUACAUUUAUUCUCGUGACUGGUAAUGUGGACACAAUUCAAUUUGCAUAUCUAUGGCAUACGCCUUUAACAGAUGAUCCAGCUACACCGACAGCUGUAUCACUGCUAGAAUUUAUACUCAAAAGAAUUUCCAAUGAAGUAACAGAUUUGAUUUUGUUAAAGCCACCAAAAAAAAUGAAAACAUUAGAAUGUGAACAAAUAAAAAAUUUACAAAUAUUAACUGGUGGUAGUGUUGAUUGUACUCCUGAUCUACUUCGUGAAGCUUUCUUGAUGUUAAACAAUCAAAACGUCAAUAUUGAAAUUGAACGGUGGUCAAAAUGGUCACAAUAUUAUUAUUAUUCAUUGAAAAACAAAGUAACAAUAUUAUCACCUGUUACAUUUCUGAUUUUCGAUGAAGAAGAGAAUGAAGGUAGGCAUUUUUUUCUUACUACAUUUCAGUUUUUAUAA